AUGCCCAAACUGCCCAAAACGCCCAGCCAGCCGGUCUCCGGGGCGACGACGACGACGACGACGGCGACAGCGUCAUCGUCGAAGAUGCGCGAGACGCACAUUCAGGCCCUCUUGCAGGUGUGCAGCCGCGGCGACGCCGACUUCCUGGGACGGUAUCUGGCCGCGGGCGGCCAGAUCGACGGAGUCACGGACUCGGCCGGCCGGACGCCGCUGCACUAUUGCGUGUACGCGGCAGACGACGUCGAGAAAUCGCGACUUCGAGUCCCGCCGCCGGACGAAUCGGACGCGCUGGCUCGUGUCGCCGGCUCUGAGGCCAGCCCGGCCUCGGGCGACGAGGCCGGUGGCCGUAGCGACGCUCGGCUGGCCUGCGCUCGUCUCCUCCUCGAGGCCUCGCCACAACUCGUCGACGUACGUCACGUCGCCGGACUCACGGCCCUCCACGAGGCGGUGAUGCUGGGCAACCUGCAACUUGUCCGGUUGCUCAUCGCCUACGGCGCUGACGUCAACUCGCCCACCGGAGCACAGGCCUCCACGGCCAAGUGGAAGACGACUCGUCGAAAGGAGGAAGAGCUGAGCGAUGCCGACGGACGUACACCGCUUCAUUUGGCCGUCAUCUACGCUCGGCCCGCCAUCGUGCAUCACUUGGUCACCUGCGAGCAGGCCGUCGUCAACGCCAACCUGGCCGACUCACAGACCGCCUAUCCUCUUCAUUAUGCCGUCCAGCUGCCACAAUCCGGUGGGUCGGCAACAACGUCAACGCCAACGCCAACGUCAACGUCAACGUCAUCGUCGACUCCGGCGUCGACGUCGGGUGGUAUCGCAGCUGCCGUGAUCUCGUGGUUGGUGGAGGCGGGCAGGGCUGGCAUUGAAGUGCGCGACAGCCACGGACGGACGCCUUUGAACUGGGCCGCGACGAUCGGGUCUGUGGAAAGUGUGCGUCGGUUGCUCGAACUUGGCGCCAAUACCGAGGCCAGAGAUGAGCAUGGCCUGACGCCGAUGCAUUGCGCCGCGUCAAGAGGACAUACAGUCGCCUUGGAGACGAUGCUGAAGUCUGUCAAGGCAGCCGGUCGCCGAGAGUCUGACUGUGUGGAGGCGAGGGAUCGAGACGGCUGUACUCCGCUCUUUUACGCCGUCACCAUGGGCCGGUUAGAGACAGUGCGGAUGUUGUUAUCGCAUGGCGCCAACGCCAAGCAUCGAGACGCCAAACAACGCAGCCUCUGCCAUUGCGCAACUCGCAUCCGGCCUGGGCAGACGAAGGCGGAUGUGGGCCAUAGCAACCGCCUGGCAACGGAGAUGUUGAGGCUUGUACUGGCCGCCGGCGCCGAGCCCUGGGCCGCCAAUCAGCAGGGCUGUACUCCUCUACACGAGGCCUGCCAAAUGGGCAACGCGGCGGUGGUGGCCGAGUUGGCUUUGAUGACGCCGGAGUUCGUUGAGGGGGCG